AUGACAUCAAAAGCAGUCCAUAUCGAACUGGUGAGUGACCUUAGUACUGACGCAUUCUUGGCAGCCUUUAAGCGAUUCAUCAGCUGCCGUGGUUCGCCGGCCCAUGUCUAUUCCGAUAAUGGAACUAAUUUCGUCGGAGCAAGCAGUAGACUUCGCGAGUUACAUGCUCUCUUAGAUUCAGAAAGAUUUAAGUCUCAAGUAUCAGAUUUUGCUCUUGCUCAAAAAAUCGAAUGGCACUUCAACCCACCGCUGUCUCCCCAUUUUGGGGGUCUGUGGGAGGCGGCGGUAAAGUCAUGUAAACAUCAUCUAAGACGAGUCGUCGGUGAUCGUUUGUACACGUACGAAAUUCUCUCGACUUUCAUGUACGAAAUCGCGGCUAUUCUUAACUCGCGACCGCUAUGCCCGAUCUCGACGGACGCAAAUGAUCCUAUACCCUUAACUCCAGCUCAUUUUCUAAUAGGGCGAGCUUUCACGAUGCUGCCGGAGAAUAAUGUAUUUUCUGUUCCAGAUAAUCGUUUGUCUUGCUGGGAAAUGAUAACUAAAUCCAAACAAGAUUUUUGGCGCAGGUGGCAGAUCGAAUACUUGACCGAAUUGCAGAAGCGACAAAAAUGGUUUAAGCCAGAUAUGAAUAUUGAAAAGGACACAGUAGUCCUUGUAAUCGAUAAAAACGAGCCUUGUAUGCAGUGGCGGAUGGGACGAGUAGUGGAAGUUCAUCCAGGAGACGACGGAGUGGUGAGAGUGGUUUCAGUGAAGACAGAGAAAGGCGUAUAUUUACGAAAUACAAAGACACUAUGUCCUUUAUUUGACACUAAAAAGGACUUUGAAAUCUUGAGUCAAAGUGAUGAUCACCAUUAA